UUUACACUUUCAGGGAAUUCUAACACCAAGUCACAAACUACAUUAUUUAUUACCUGUGUCCCAUUUUUGGUUAGCAUAGCCUUAAUGCGCUAAUAAGCAUUUUCCGGCCGCUAUUUCCAACUCCCACUGAUAAACUGCAUCCAACUCAGACUUUAUUCAGUCACUUACAUCGGGAAAUGACUAAAAUAACCGUAGAAGUUGGCAUCAUCCGCAGAGAAUAUAUCACAAAGAAACUGCAACACCGAAUCAAAAUCAUUGAUAAACGUAAGAAAACGCUUAUAGCCAAGAAGGGGCCCUUGAGGCACACUAAUUUUGAAUUUCCAACCGUCACAAACUAUUUCCGCCCAAAAACCCAAACCCUGUACCUCAAACAAACCCAAACCCAUUCAAGUUUGCCAGCAAUGCCACAUGAUACAAGUGUAUGCAGGAGUUGAACAUGAGACCCACUAUCAAACACUUUACGAAAGUCUACACAAGUAAAAUGUAUCAACACAACACAUGUGGUGCCACCACCAAGAGCAUUGCAUUGGUCCAAUUAUUCGUCAUAUCGAAAACCUGGGAAACAGUUGACUUCUGCAGAUUUGCGAAAUUGGUACCGACCAUUUCCUAAUAGCUAAGUAGUCUAAAAAAGGUUUCACGGGAAUCAGCAUCAAUAGAUUCCAGAACCUGACUUGCUGCACAAAGUAAGCUCACCGGACGGUAAUUCUCAAUAUUUGACGGAAGCUCUUCUUGUAAUCAUAUCUGUAAAUUUAUUUAUGACAUUCACUCGCUCUGUCCUUCCAUCCCAUAGAUUGCAUUUGUCAUUAUCGUUCGGAAUGGGAUCGCGAUCUGAUGACGUCGACUGGGUGGAAGUGGAGCAGGCUGUGCAGGUGAACCUAACGAUAUAACAGGCGAUAAUUUUAUCAGCAGUUACUGCAGUGCACCUCUACAAUUUAAGUACUGUACUAAGCAAAUUCAGUACUUUGCGUAUGUGCGCGCGCGAACACGAAGUGUUGGGUGACGUCACGUGACAAACGUGUGGCGUUCAGACGCAACACGUCCAUCGUCAAGGUGGAACGUGUCAAAUUACACAGAUGUAGUGUUUUACUUGCUUUCUUGACGAGGCGGUGAAAUGUUUUUUUUCUUUCAAAAGAUUUCACCUUGAAAGGGUUCAUUAAGACAGGAGGCAUUGCUUCUCAAAUCUUUUCCUUGAAAACAAAAAUGAGUAGCAGCCUGAGGGAUCGGUCUACUCACUCCAACAACGAUGACUCCCCAAUUGAACCCAAAUAUCUGCGGUGCAGCAACUUGAACAUGCCCCUGCUCGCCACUGAAUUCUUCAAAAGUGAAUUACAGUUGUAUCUUGAUGGCUUAACAUCCGAGACGUGGGACUUAAUAGAAUAUGGUCAUUUUGAUUGCAAUGCUUUCAUGGUGCUAUUGAAAAUGUGGCAAAGCAUCCUAUACAAAAUCUCCCAAGAGGUGCUGAGUGUUGUGUUGCCUCAGGUGGAAGAGCAUGCCCAGAUCCUAGUGAAUGGUUGUGACUCUCCACAACAGGCGCUCAACUACUCCUGUGUGACCGUGGAUGAUAUCCACGCAUGCAUUUGGGACUCACUUCUGUUGGCUCUCAAAGACACAAUAAACGCCGGAGAGAUUAGGUCUCCAUGCGGCGAUCACCUGUUGGAGUUGGUCGCAGCCAAAGUGUCCAAGACUGUGAACAGCGCACUGUCCGAAAUGUCAUCGCAGCUCGACUCUGCGCCACACCUGGACGUGCCUCAUCAGGUGUCUGAAAUCGGCGAAAUAGCUUUGCAAUCAAUCUCAGUACUCAGGGAUUGCCUGGAAAACAUGAGGAUGGCGGGUCGAUAUGGAAUUGAAGAGGACUGCGCAGGCAGCGAGUCGUCGGAGGACGCAACGAACAUCUUGGUGGCUCCUCUUCCCACUCCUGUACAAACGUGCGAGAAGGUGUCAACGCACCUUCACGCUCAGACUCCCACUGAGGUGCACAUAAAGACAGGAAACACGUGCCUUCACCCGCCAGCAGAAACAUGGACAAAGAAAGAAAACAUAUUUUGUACUGUGUUCCUGUGGAAGCUGAUGGACCAUAUUGCCGCCUCGAAUGCCAAGUCGGUGCUGGAGAUGGACAUUGACUGGAUGCUAGCACAGCUAAAGAGCACCGUGGUCGAAACACGCCCCAACCACCCGCAGAACAUUGGCGACUUCCACAUUGACAUUUACAAGGACCUCUGUCAGGAAUUUGGUUCGAAGGAGCGCCUGUAUUUUUCUAUGGUGUGCUGCCAACUUGUUUUUGUAGAAGCUCUUGCAAGGGCUUUGAAAAACCAUCUCCAGGCACCCAAAAAGAAGGACUUUUUUACGGUAGUUAAGGCUUUUUUUAGGAAAAGGACUGCAAAAGUCUCUCUGGCCUGUGAGCAUGGACGGGUGAGGUUGCUGGCUUCUACCAAUACCAGGAAACUCUGACAUAGGACCAAGACUG